AUGGCGUCGCGAGUGCCGGCGGCAACGGGUGGUAAAAGUGAAAUAGGUAAGGGCAGCGGGGUAGGAGAUGAGAAACAGAGAAAGUUGAAAUGGGAUAGGGAUGGUAAUAAAGAAGUGGAUAAGGAUAGGGAUAAGGUUAAAAGGGAUGAGGCAGGGGUCGAAGGAGGGGAGAAAAAGACAAAAAAAGAGGUUAGUUUUAGACUCGAAAAGGUUGAUGAGGUGAGGUGUGAGUGGGAAAGGUUUAGGGAAGAGAAGGAAAAGGAAUGGGUGGAGAUGAAAAAUAGAUGGAAAGGUGACAAGAAAGAGGAGUUAGAUCUUGCUGAGGAAUGGAAAAGAAAGGAGAGGAGUUUGGAUAUAAGGAUGAGGGUAAUCGAGGAAAGAUUAGUUGAGGUAGAAAGGAACCUGAUGAAUGUGAUAGAUGCUUUGGAGGCGAGGAAAGGAGAGGAGGAGGAAAGAAGAAGGGUGUAUGAGGAAACAGAAAGGGGAGGGACGGAGGAACGGGGGAGGAGUAACAGGGGAGUAGAAGUAGUAGAAACGGAAGUGAGAGGGGAUGGGUCUAUAGUGAGUGAGGAUAGAUUUAGUUGGAAAAGGUCGGAGGAAAAUUGGCAAAACAGGGUUCAGGAACUUUUGUGGGAAAAAUUGAAAGUGCAAUGCAGGGUUGGAUAUAUCCGAAAGAGUGGUCAAGUUUUGAUAGUUAAAAUUGAAAGUGAGGAAGAGAAACAGGAUAUCUUGGCAAACAAGAAUAGGCUGAAAGGAGAUAGGAUAUUUGUGGAGCAUGAUUUGACAUGGGAAGAAAGGAAAAGGCAGGAAGAAAUAAAAAAAUGGGCAAUAGAACAAAGGAAUGUGUGA